UAUUGACUGAGCCAAUGCCAGUUUCCUUCCUCAUUACCUCCCUAUCUGAAUCAUGGAGACAUUCUAAUCAGCGAUUCUCAAAAUCUGUUGUGCAUCGGAAUCAUCAGGGAAGCCCUAUUAAAAGCCCCCAGAGAGCAAGAUUUGGUGGGCCUGAGGGGGCAGAUGGCCUGUCGGAGCCGGAGGGCAUCUCUCUGAAGCGGGUCGCUGUGGUGGAAGAUUUCUUUGACAUCAUCUACUCGAUGCAUGUGGAGAGCUCAGCGGAGCCAGGCAAAGCCCCCAAGCACGCCGGGCAGAAGAAAACCUACCGAGCGAUUGCGGAGACCUAUGCCUUCCUUCCGCGAGAAGCCGUGACUCGGUUCCUGAUGAGCUGCACAGAGUGUCAGAAGAGGAUGCACUUUAAUUCCAAUGGCCUGGAGCCCAAAGAAAACGAACCUCCCUCCCCACUGGUCUCCGGAAUCAUCGAUUACAACAUGCCCCUUACCUCCACGUACCUGAAGCAGAUGAAGUUGCGAGUGAUGAACUCCCAGGAGCAGGAUGAAACUUCUGUGAGCAGUGAAGAUUUUGAUAUGAACGACUCCACAUGGAUGUCAGCUGACCCACACCUGGCCUCCAGCCUGAGUCCCAGCCAGGACGAGAGGAUGCGAAGCCCUCAGAACCUCCACAGCCAAGAGGAUGAUGACUCCUCCUCUGAGAGUGGCAGCGGCAAUGGCUCCUCCACCCUGAACCCAUCCACAUCGAGCAGUACCCAGGGCGACCCCGCCUUCCCCGAGAUGAAUGGCAACGGCGCCGUGGCCCCCAUGGACUUCACCGCCACCUCCGAAGAUCAGCCCAUCAACCUAUGUGACAAGCUCCCACCAGGCACAGCGCUCGGCACGCCCUCCUACCCCUCAGACAGCUGUGGUACCGAUGGCCUGCGGAGCCGUGUCAAGUAUGGGGUGAAGACCACCCCUGAGUCGCCCCCUUACAGCUCCGGGAGCUAUGAUUCCAUCAAGACUGAGGUCAGUGGCUGCCCUGAGGACCUGACGGUAGGCCGGGCCCCCACAGCAGAUGACGACGACGACGACCAUGAUGACCAUGAGGACAACGAUAAGAUGACCGACUCUGAGGGCAUGGACCCGGAGCGCCUCAAGGCCUUCAAUAUGUUUGUACGUCUCUUUGUGGACGAGAACCUGGACCGCAUGGUGCCCAUCUCCAAGCAGCCCAAGGAGAAGAUCCAGGCCAUCAUCGAGUCCUGCAGCCGGCAGUUCCCUGAGUUCCAGGAGCGGGCCCGCAAGCGCAUCCGCACCUACCUCAAGUCCUGCCGGCGCAUGAAGAAGAAUGGCAUGGAGAUGACGAGACCCACGCCUCCCCACCUGACCUCGGCCAUGGCAGAGAACAUCCUGGCGGCGGCCUGCGAGAGCGAGACGAGAAAAGCAGCCAAAAGGAUGCGCCUGGAGAUCUACCAGUCCUCCCAGGACGAGCCCAUUGCCCUGGACAAGCAGCACUCCCGGGACUCUGCAGCCAUCACCCACUCCACCUACUCACUGCCAGCCUCCUCCUACUCCCAGGACCCCGUGUAUGUCAAUGGCGGCCUCAACUACAGUUACCGCGGCUACGGGGCCUUGGGCAGCAACCUGCAGCCCCCUGCCUCCCUCCAAACAGGAAAUCACAGUAACGGGCCCACCGACCUCAGCAUGAAAGGCGGGGCCACCCCCGCCUCCAGCACACCCACGCCCACGCCCUCCAGCAACAGCACCAGCAGGACCAUGCCGGCCGCGCAGCUCAGCCCCACGGAGAUCAGUGCGGUGCGGCAGCUCAUCGCCGGCUACCGAGAGUCCGCCGCCUUCCUGCUGCGCUCCGCGGACGAACUGGAAAACCUCAUUUUACAGCAGAACUGACCCCGCGGCACCUGGAGCGCACUACCCUAGGGAAGGAGGCUGUCCCGGCCCAGCUUCCUGCCUCACCACUUGGUACAUUUUGUUUUCUGAAAGAGGUGGGAUCCAUAAGAGCAGUUUCUAGCCACACGCCAAGCACCUGCAACUUUGGGCACAAGAACACUUUUUUUUUUUUUGGAAUCUCACCACACGGGUGCUCUGACCUGCUUGGAAGAGGCCAACGGGGCAGCUUUGGAAGGGCUGGGGCUCCCCUGACAAGCCGCUGGGGACGCAGCUCUACUUAGAAUCAUCUUCGUGGACCCUGAUGUUAGAAUCCCACCCCCGAUAAUAACCUUUCAAGUCUUAGGUGAGCAGAAUUGCAUAUUUAUUGAGAAAAACAAAGUGGACCCUUCUUCCUCUCCCCUUAGUAAUUUAUUUUUCUGAAAAUGGAUUCUUUUGUGUUUGUACAGAUUGCCAGUCUGUGUCUGUCUGAUCAGAAGGAUGUAUCCCUGUGACCUAACAUUCCAUAUCACUACACUGGCGCAGGCUGGGGGCCAGCAGGGCGGGGUGAGGCGGGGCGGGCGCCGGGCUGGCUGUCCCUUUGAGCGCCCAGCACCGCCAAGCCCGAGGGCCUCACCCACAUCUAAUGCAAAGCAAAGACAAAAACGGCCCCCCACCCCCACUCCACAGAAGCCCCAGUCGCACGGCCACCUGUGUUCUACCUCACACUCCAGUGGGGGCCUGUCCCAGGGCGGGCCCUGGGCCUGUUCCACACGGCUACCUACCUCCCAGCGCCCCCCACGGGGUGUCUGGCUGGGAGGGAGGUCCAGAGGGGCGGCUGGGGCUAGAACCCAAGGAGGGCUUCGACCCUUGUAAGCAGCGGCUUGCAGCUGCCCCGGCCCGGCCCUCCCAGCUGCUUGACAGGACGGAGUGCAGGGGGAUGUCGGCCUCUUGGCAGAGCCCGUGCCCUCCCCUGCCCCCAGGGAGCCAGGGCCCUCGGACACCCGCCAGGAAGGGCCUGUUUCUUCAGGGCGAGCCCUCAGCAGCCAGGUAGCCCCCAAACAGGGAAAGCGGCUGCAAGCCCCUGGCUGGACUUGCAGCCCCUGCCCUCCGCCCCUGUGGGGGGAGUAAAGGAACCACCCGUGGAAGUGGAGAAGCCACUUGGGUUCUCCUAGGAUGCGCCCUUCUGGAGGGACGCAUCCUGGGAGAAACCUGUAAUCCCUGGAGUGUGAACAAAGGACAAAGAAAAGGCUGGCCCAGUUUCCUUCCUCCCCAGUAGGCACUUCUUCUUGCUCAGUGCAAUACCUACCAGUGCUGCUAAAACCAGGGACUCACCCAGACCUCAGAAGGCCCGAGGGGCCUCUCCAUGCAACACUCCGUAGCCAUGACAGCAGCUCUCUGCUGCCUGCCCCUGCCCAGAGCUGGCAGAAGCCCUCUGUUGCCUUUCCUCCCUCAGAGCAAAGAGGCCCCAGGGGAGCCCGGGCUGCGUGGACCCUAGGACGGCCACAGAGAGCCACUCGACCCCAGAGCAGGCGCCCCUUCCCAAUCCAGCUUUCUGUAGCCAACUGGCUCCCGGCACGACUGGCAGACCACCAUCAGGAGGGGCCCCAAGCCACCUGGCAUCUGGGCCCGAGCUAUGGGCCUUGGAGCCAGAACCCUGAAAGGUAGGGUGCCCCGCGCCUUGCUUACUUCCAGCCCCCAGUAGAUCAGGGUGGUCUUUUCUCUCUCAAGUGGCCUCCAGCACCCCACCCAGCGCACCACCUCUGCCUUCCAUCUGACUAGUCCCCAGGUCUCCGGUCAGGGCCAGGACACCCGAGACUCCCCCUUAGCACAGCACGAGCUCCAGCGCCCAAGGCCUGUCCCCCGACCCAGCCAUCCACACAUCCAGCGCCCCCUUUCAAUUUGUGUAAAUAUUUAUUUUUGUGAGUGAACAAUACUACAAAGUAAUCAGCAGGUCUUUUGCAAAAUAUUACCCCAGGCAAUUUGUGAAAAUCAUAAUGUUAGAAACUGGCAGAGACAAUCGCCGCCUUAGAAUUCUUGAUACCAACUGCUUGUCAUUUCCCCUCCUGAAGGCAGGACCCAAGCCAGGCACCGGGCUUUUCCCGCAGACAGGAGAGAGGACGGGAGAGAGGAGGGCUGGGAGGGGCCGCGCCCACACACCGGGGAUUGGAUCGAAAGAUCAGCGAACGCUUCAGUUGCAAGUCCAGCUUUCCUCAGCUGCCCACCUCGGCCUGCCUUAGCACUGGGCAAGGGCGCAGGCGCGCUUGCGUGAGUGGAAGGCCUCGGGGAGGGCUCCCCACCGACCCUCCAGGACAGCCCAUUCUGUCACGGUGACCUCACCGCUUGGGUGGGCUCCUCUGUGACACUAGGCAUGAAGCCCUGGUGAUGGCAGAAGCAGGAGCAAGUCGCUGUGUGGAAACAGGACUCCAUUAGCUAGUUUAGUCAGGGACCUUGUUCUGUUUUGCGUUUUUUUCAAAGAUGCAGCUUCAACCCCUCCCCACCCAUCCUGCCCUGGAGGGCACCAAAGAGCUGGUUCUGCCUGACCGAGCUCACCGCCGUUCCCCCCUCACACACACAUCCGCACCCCCACCCCAGGGACUGCCUUCUCCCCACCUUGCCUGCAGCCCUGUGAGUUCUGAUGGAGGGCCUCAGGGCACAGACUCAUCACGGGGUACCCUAAGCCAGAAGGAAACUCGAGUCGGAAUACACCAAUUCCAGAGUCUUUGCAGGGGGCUAAUCCCAGCAGAAGGGUAGAAUCAGAAGUGGGAAUUUGGUCUUAGAGGUGGAUCAAAUAGACCAGUAAUGGUGUGACCCAUCUAAAAUUCAUGUCGCCAUCACCUCCAGGACAGUUUAUACCCAAGGACAGUGUUGAGGGGGAGGAGACAGAAGGGGGCGAGCAGGGUUUUCAAGGAUUUCAAACAGGUGGAACCCAGCCAUCCCUAUUCCCAAGGGCCACUUAACGACUCCAGGGGUGGUUACAGGAUUAACUACCAGUUCAUUUUCAAAAUGCUGCUUUGAACUCAGAGGGUUGAUACUUUUAAUUUGUAAUUUUUUGUAAAACUUUUUACAAGAUAGUAAAGUAUUUCACCAGAAUACCAGUUUCAAUCCGUCCAUGGUCUGAUUUUUAUAUAAUUUAGUGGUGCUUUAGAAACUUUGUUUUUGUUGUUUCUGAGCUAAACAGCUCAAUCCUUUUUCGCCUGUAUCUACCUAAGACCAAUGUGAACCUUUGUAUUUUGCUCCUAAUUUUGGACUCAGUGAAAGUGUACUGUUUACAUGUACAGACGCCCCGUCCCUGUGUGCUCCGCAAGCCUCGCUCUUGAGGAGGAAGGGGCACCUCACUAAGCUCACCUGCUUAGCAAAGCCACAAGACAAAAACCUCUUUUUACCUGUGUUUCCACCUAAAAACAAACAAAAAAAACCCUAUACCACAUAGAACUCAGAUUUGCUGAAAACUACUCUUCUAAGCUCAGAAAAAUCUCCGUGUGUGAGAUGUCCCACAGGCCUCUGAAACGUGGUCCACCUCGGAGCAGGGGUCAGAGACUUCCCCGGGGGGGGGGGGGGGGGGGGGGGGUGCUGCCGGCGGGGGCACCUGCGUGGCCUUGAGGAGAGCACGAGCAGGACCCGGCUGCAGGGCUGUGGGACGGUGGAAUUCUUCCAGCAGCCGGAGAGUGGGGAGAGGUCAAGGUGACCCAUGUGACCUUCAGGGUCAAGCCGGCCAGGAUUCAGGCACAACCCAAGAGCGUGUCCACGGUCUGGCCUAAUUCAGACAUGUUCCGGGAGAGCGCAAGUUCCCUGAGAUGAGGGUCUGGGACUUCCCAGUGCAGGUGGCACAGGCAUUUCCUCAGGGCUCCCCUGGCAGCGGCUGGCUCCUGAGGCAGCACCUCUGAGGCGGGGCGGGGGCUCCAGACGGUAAGCAGAUGGCACUGAAGACGAGCAGUGGAUGGCACCAACUUUUAAAGGUGACUCUUUGUUACUUAAUCAAUGGCUACACCUCUAAAUUCUAUUUUUACAGAUAUGCACCUAUGCAACUUAACGUGGCUCUUCUAAGCAGGUGAGGACUUCCUCCUCAAUGCUCUAUAAAAACUAUUUGUGUUCUAGAUAGUGAGUUUUUUCCAGUAAAUGUGGCUUAAUAUUUUAAUUCUUAGACUGUGUCUUCUUUAUGUGAUGCAACUAAAUUCCGUUUUGUUUGUGGAAUGACUAGCACAGGCCAGGUCCCUCUCCCUCACUUAACAAAAGACCAAUGAGCUGUUAAUUGAGCUGUUAUCUCCAUGGUAUUACUUGCUAAAUGCACUGAUUUCAUAAGUAUGUGGAAUCCUUUUUUCUUUUGAAUCUGUAUAUCAUAUAUAAGACUGAAUCUACUUAAUAAACACUGAAUAACAAA